AUGGACGCAGACGAAUUCAGAAAAGCAGCGCACGCCGCGAUUGAAGAGAUUCGAGUAUAUCAUUUUGGGAUUGAAAAGAGUUCUCCAAGAAAGAAACCCCUGACUAAUCUGACAUGUCGCGCAGUCAUUGCCUACAAUCAGAAUAUCGAGAACUACCCAGUUCUUCCGACCAUCAAACCAGGCUUCCUUGCACCGCAACUCCCAAAAUCAGCACCAGAGGAACCACAGCCAUGGACGGCGAUUCAACCGGACAUCGCGUCCAAGAUUGUCCCAGGGCUCACGCACUGGCAGUCCCCUAAUUUCAUGGCCUUCUUCCCCGCAGGCGUGACGUACCCGAGUAUGCUGGGUGAGAUAUACUCUGCAGCAUUCACCGCACCGGCCUUCAACUGGCUUUGCUCGCCGGCGUGCACUGAGCUGGAGACCGUCGUGAUGGACUGGCUUGCUCAGGCGUUUGAUCUGCCCAAGGCGUUUCUCAGCACCAGUCCCAACGGCGGUGGUGGGACCAUCCAGGGCUCUGCGUCGGAGGCCAUUGUGACUUGUAUGGUCGCUGCACGUGAGAGGUAUCUACACGCAAGAUGCGACGCGGAAGGUCUUGCCCCAGAAUCUAAGGAGAGGGAGAAUCGCAUCACCUCCCUGCGCGGCAGACUGGUGGCUUUGAGUUCCGAUCAAGCACAUAGCUCGACCCAGAAAGGCGCUUUGAUAGCCGGGACACGGUAUCGCUCGAUCCCGACCAAGUUUGAAAACGAGCUCUCCUUACAGGCCCCGGACCUCGAAGCCGCCCUCAAACAGUGUCAGGAGGACGGCCUGGAACCCUACUACAUCACACUGACUCUCGGCACUACGUCGACGUGCGCGGUCGACGACUUUGAAAGGCUCGCAUCGGUGCUGAAGAAAUCCAACCCCAACGUCUGGAUCCACGUGGACGCCGCAUACGCAGGAGCGGCGCUUGUAUGCCCCGAGUUCUCCUCCCAAUAUUCAGCAUCCAUGAUCCAUGUCGACUCGUUCAACAUGAACAUGCACAAAUGGCUGCUCGUCAACUUCGACGCCUCGUGUCUGUUCGUCCAAAACCGGAGCCAUCUCACGAGGGCUCUGUCGAUUUCUGCUGCCUAUUACGUCAACAAGCACAGCGACAGCGGCCUCGUGACCGACUACCGUGACUGGCAGAUCCCACUGGGCAGGAGAUUCCGCGCCCUCAAGAUCUGGUUCGUGAUGCGGAGCUACGGUAUCAGUGGGCUACAGGCACAUAUCCGCAACAGCGUGAGGAUCGGCGGGGUCUUCGUGGACCUGGUGCGGUCGCGCAGUGAUCUCUACGAGAUUGUCGCAACACCGCGUUUUGCAUUGACCUGUUUCAGGGUCAAACCGGAAGUUGUGGCGGCGUUGCAAGGCGUGCAUAGGACGGGCGAGACAGGCGAGGACUUCGAGCCCAUGGUCGCGGCGGUUCAGCAGAAGGAAAGAAACGCCAACCAAAUCACCACCAGGAUCGGCGAUCUGAUCAAUGAGCGUGGUGAGAUCUUCUUGACCUGCUCCAGUACCGGGGGCAAAUCUUUCAUACGGGUCGUCAGUGGGAAUCCCAAUGCGGAGGAGAAGUAUAUACGGGCGGCAUUUGACAUCAUCGUUCGGACGACGGAAGAGGUGCUCGAGGCGAACAGAAGUGGAGAGGCGAAGGGCACCCAGAACGGUUAUGCGAAUUGA